UCUGGUUGAGUCUGAAUCUGAGGAAGCGCCUCUCGACGGUUCAGCCGGAGUUAACAGCGACCAAAACGGAGAUUUUCGGCCAACAAAACAGCGAAAACGGAGCCAUGAUGUGAAAAUAUAACAACAGUGCCUUACAGCAGAGAUAUUAAGAUCAUCGUCUAGGUGGCCUAAAGGAGGGACACACACUUCGGUCACACAGCGUGUGUGUGUGAGAGUGAGAUGGAGCAAGGCGUGGUGGACAGCCCUGUCAUCCUGGUCAUCAAAGCACCCGAUCAGAAGUACGAUGACCAGACCAUCAACUGUUUCCUGAACUGGACGGUGGAGAAACUAAAGACUCAUCUUUCCAAAGUUUAUCCCAGCAAACCUCGCUCGAAGGAUCAGAGGCUGGUCUACUCUGGAAAACUCCUGCAGGAUCACUGUAAACUGAGAGACGUGCUCAGAAAGCAGGAUGAGUUCCACAUGCUGCAUUUGGUCUGUGCUUCCCGCAGCCCGCCUCCUUCACCCACAGCACACAGGAGAAACAGCAGCAAGAGCCCGACUGUGAAUGCUGACAACUCUGGAGGUGUCACCCCUGUUGGUAACGUCCAGUCGGCUUCCUCAGAAGAAACUCCUAAUAGGCUGAGCCAGAAUUCAGGAGCCGUUCCCAAUCACCCAUCCACAUAUGGGUAUGCAUGGGGUCAGUGGUUGGAUCAGCAUGGGCCCAACGCACGGAUGCCACACUACCCCAUGUACAACCCCAUGACUCUGCUCUGGUGGCAACAGCUCUAUGCCUGGAAUUACCAUAUGAGCUAUCAGGCGUGGGCCAGCUCCCUCAGACCAUCCCAGCAAUCAGCCUCACCUUCAGUCUCCCCUCCCAGAGAGGGAUGGGAGCCUGUCCGAGAGAACCCUCAGAAUGCCCCGGCUGGGGAGGGGCAAAACGAGGAGGAUCUGAACCGUGAUUGGCUGGACUGGGUGUAUACAGCAUCCCGAGCUCUCAUUCUCCUCAGCAUAGUGUAUUUCUAUUCGUCCUUCAGCCGUUUCGUCAUGGUAACGGGAGGCAUGCUGCUGCUGUACCUGCAUCAGGCAGGCUGGUUGCCCUUUAACCUGGAGAAUGAGCUCCAGGAUCUCGCUGACCCGGCCAAUCACGAUGAGCUGAACGCAGAGAAUCAAAAUGACCUGCAAGACAUGGAGAGGCUGGCAGAUGAAGGUGAGGAAGACGAUGAACAAAGAGGAGAGGGAACAGAUGAUGCCGAGAGAGGAAUGAACAUGGGCUUUUUCUCAUCUGCUUGGUCUUUCAUCACCACGUUCUUCGCCUCCCUCAUUCCUGAGGGCAUUCCCAAUGCAGUGAACUGACCUUGACCCUCGGUCUAACUUUGAACCACUCGUUCGUGCUCUCUCUCUCGCUUAUACAACCGUACUUAUACAACAGUACUGACAAACACUUCAGCAAGAGAAGAGCAUAUCUGGACAAACCUCAUAAACCAGGUCAGUGAUAGGACACUCCCUGAACAACCCCCCCACCCCCCCCCCACAGAACCGGUCAGUAUUUCUGGACAGUCUGUGUUUGUGUUGUUUGAACACUUCACUGCAGCAGUGAAGGUUUUAGGCUCAUCCCAAGACUGAUCCCAAACCAAACAGACUGCUGUGAGUCUGAAUACAUCUCAUUGAACAGGCGCAGCUUGGGUAAUUUAUCAUGCAGGCUCAUUUAAAGGAAUAGUUUGGUCAGAAAAGCUAAUGUUGCUAAAAAUACAUGAAAACCAACAGCCACCAGUUAGCAUUGUGCAAAUCGCAUCAUGCUAAUUGGUUGCUGCUAGUUUCCAUGCCCUGUUUGUUAGCCACCUUAACAUGUUUGGUCAAGGUGUUUGCCUGUAAACUCGUUUGUACGUCACAUUUUGUAGGUCUGUUUAGUAUUCCUCUCCUUUUAACACAUCACUUAUAAUGGAGAAUCGUACAAAGAGCCUCAAUGAUCGAUGGAGAACAAAAAAAAGAGGCUUUGCUUUGUAUUUUAUAAAAAGAGAAACUGUGUAAAAUAAUAAAAGCAGUUUUCCUUUCUUUUAACACUAGCACUUGAACGAUUUUUUUUCCUGAAAUGAAACGUUUUGGAUUAAAAAAAAAAAUCUUUACUUGCUCCUUUGCCAGCGACUCUGUUCUUUGAUGAUCAAAAGCUUUGGAUUCGGCUGCGCAUGCAAAGCACAGUGAAAGUUAUUAAAGAACACAAAAACUGUAGUAGUUAAGAUGAAAGACCUACAGUGCAGAUUACCUGCAAAAGACAUUCUUGUCAUUCAUGAAGCCUCCUGACUACAGUGAGUUUUGUUUUUGAGCAGCUGAAGAACGCAUUAUACACAAUGUACACAAUGUGUCCAAAGACAUCUGGACUGGGUUGCAGCAGGUUUGCCUAAGUUAAUAAGUUUAAGCGUAAAGUCUUUACUGAGUUCUUAGUUACACUAGUUAGUUUGAAACUGUCCUUUUGAUUAAUUUGGUUGCACCACAACUCCGUAAGUCAUGUCUUUACUAAUAACGACUAACUAAUGCGUACGUCACUUUAACAUGACGAUAACCUGUUUAGAACCGAUCUAUAAACCCGCUGCCAUGUUAAACUGA